CCCUACUUUCAUAUCUCCCGACUCCUGGAAAGCAUUAUUUUGAGCUCAAAAACUGUUGAAUGGCCAAUUUUUCUCCUUCAAGUUUUUGCUCCUCUUCCUGCAUAACAGCUUUCAUCAUUUUGCAGCUCUUAUGGAGUUGUAGGUUGUUCGCCAAUGGAUGUUAUACUUCAAUCAUCAGUUUCGGGGACUCACUAGCCGAUACCGGUAACCUCAAAAUGCUUUCCGCCUAUAAACCUGAUCAAGAAUCCCUCCAUUUCUUUUUACCCCCUUAUGGCGAAUCCUUUUUUCACGUACCCACUGGUCGUUGCUCCAAUGGUCGACUCGUCAUUGAUUUCAUCGCCGAGAGCAUCGGGCUGCCAUUGGUAGCACCAUUUGUGGGUGGCAACAGAAAUCGCCUGAUGGAAUUUCGACGAGGAGUAAACUAUGCGGUGGUGGGUGCAACCGCAUUGGACUCUUCAUUUCACGCGGCUAGAGGGGUUCCUAAUCCUUUGACGAAUUCGUCUUUGAGGGUUCAGUUGGGGUGGUUCAAACAAUCGUGGCCAUCUAUUUGCGCCAAAGUUCAAGAUUGUGACCAGUUAAUUCGUCAUUCUUUGAUUCUAAUGGGCGAGAUAGGAGGAAACGAUUACAAUCAUGCAUUACUUGCUGGGAAAUCCAUCGACGAGAUUGAAACAUAUGUUCCACUUGUUGUUAAGGCCAUCAUCUCAACGGUUAAGGAACUUAUUAAACUAGGGGCCAAGACAAUACUUAUACCAGGAAACCUACCAAUUGGAUGUUCUGCGGCGUAUUUAACAUUGUACCAUGACUCUGAUAAGGCAGAAUAUGAUAAUUCAACUGGUUGCUUGAUCUGGUUGAACAAGCUUUCUGAGUACCACAAUCAGCUUCUCCAAAAAGAAUUAUACCAACUCCGAGAGCUUCAUCGUGAUGCCAACAUCAUCUAUGGUGACUAUUACAAUGCUGCCAUGCAAUUCUUUCGUUAUCCAGACAAAUAUGGUUUCACAAAUGGAGCUUUAAAGGCAUGUUGUGGAGGUGGAGGACCGUUUAACUACAAUUUAUCAGUACAUUGUGGAGACCCAUCAUCAAAUUUAUGUGCUCAUCCAGAUACAUAUGUUAACUGGGACGGACUGCACUUAACGCAAGCAGCAUAUAAAAUUAUCUACAAAAGCUUAUUUCAAGGGUCAUACACUGUGCCCCAGUUCAACUCCAUCUGCCCAACUUCAAUGUUACGACCGAUAAAAGAAUUAUCAAGUGCAAUUUAAGUAAGUGGUGCACAUUUCAUUAAUUAUUAUUCAACCCUAAAUACAUGUAGUUAUACAUGGAAAGGGGAUGUUAGGGGAAAAUGUUAUAUGAGGAGACGUUACACCCUUAAUUAUAAUCAUAAGUUCUACCUUGCUAUUUUAGUAAACCAAAUCAAUUCGAACAUGCAUGAAAUUAAUCUUUAUGUUUCAAGUACUCGAGAAAUAUGAUAUCAAGCUUUAAUUCAUAUGGGAGACACGGAAGGGCAAGACGGGAAAAAACAUGUUCUAUGAACCUGUUUCAUUA